CAUUAGUAACCAGCAUGACUUCAGUGCGGUGGAAGUGAAACAGAGAAAAGUUGGAAAAUGUACAACGAACCAACUUAAGAAAAGAUGAUGAUGAAUGAAUAAGAAGACAAAAACACUAAUAAGCGAUAUAGUUAGCAAGCCGUUUCUAAACACGAACUGAUGUCUAUGAAACUUCGAAAAUCCAACCCUGUCAACGGUUCAUUGGCCGAGCGUCAGCCAAUCAUGAUGACGCCCGUUGAACUCCCUAUGAGAAAUUACAAUGACGUCACAGCUCCCGGCGGCCAAUCACCAGCCAGGAACGACAACGCGAUAACACUACCGACCAAUUACAACACGAUACAGGUUGACCCCUUACCCGUGGCAUCCCUCCGAGACAACGACGGAGGGUACAUCGGUCCCGCUGCCAUCCCUCCCCCGCCCACUCAGGACCCGCCCCUCCCUCACGCUCACGAGACCGCCCGAGACCAAGCGCGACGCCCACAGAACGGGGAGGUCGGUGGAAGGCGCGAGGAGACGGCGGCGGAGGGAGAGGAACGCGACGGAAGCGGACUGGGAGGAUUCUUGAGACGUCGGACGCCCUGCGAGAGACGGCUGGCGGUGACCGUGGUCGUCCUCGCCGGGGUCUUGGCCUGCCUGGGGGGAGUCAUACACAGUGCGCCCAGGUGGCUUCGGGCGGAGAAUGAGAGUUGCAACAGCAGGGAGUGUGUGAGGGCAGCCGGUGAUAUCAUAGACGGUUUGGACGAAACAGCCGAUCCCUGUGAAGACUUCGUGAGGUUUUCCUGCGGGGGUUGGUUCCGGGAACAUCCCAUUCCCUCUUCGGAAUUUCGCUGGGGGCUCUUUGAUACCGUGGAAGAGCGGACGGUCUAUGAUAUCAAAGGACUUUUGGAGAAAGAUUAUGAAGAAAAUGAGACUUUCCCCGUGAGAGCUGCGAAAAAAGUUUUCAAAGCUUGUGUCAACAGCACCGCGUGGAGAGAGGUCAGCUUACGACCUCUCCUUGACCUGCUACAGAGCGAGGGCGGUCUCCCGAUGCUCGACUCGAACUGGACUGGCGACGACUUCGACUUCGUGACGUCGCUGGCCCGGAUGAGGAGUUUGUACGGUGGGAUGGCCCUCGUCAGCGUCACGGUGGAAAUGGACAGUUUUAAUACUUCUUCGAAUGUUAUUCUGCUGGGCCAAGGUAUCCUCCAGAUGCGGCGGGAAUCGCUCCUGGAAGGGAACACCACCACGAACAAGGACAGGUUUCUGACGUACAUGCACACGUCCGGAGCCCAGAUGCUUGUUGAGUUGGGACGAGACACGGAGCAGGCGAUGAAGACGCUGGUGGAAGAUAGCCUCGCCUUGUGGAAUUUCUCCGUCGAGUUGGCGAAGAUCACGGUCCCGGACUCGAACCUCAGCGACCCGUGGCUGACCUACAACCCGACGACCAUCAGUGACCUGCAGGCGAAGUGCGACCAGGCGGCUCCCGGGUUUAAGUUCGACUGGUUCCGAUUCCUCCAAGAGACGUUCCGCGGAGCCGAAGUCGAAGUCACCGCCGAAGAGAGACUCGUGGUCGAGGUUCCGAAGUACAUGACGGCGCUGAUGAGAAUCCUGAAGGCGACGCCGAAGAGAGUGCUGGCAAACUAUCUGUUAAUGCAGCUGGUCCAGGGCAUGGCAGACGAGGUCGCGGUCGGGUCUAGGGAUGACCAUCGACAACUCAACUCGCAGAAGGAUGUGAAGUCCUUUGGUCGUGUCAGUGGGAGAGCAUGGUACGACUGUGCUCAAAAGACUAACAAGAUCCUUGAUAUGGCAGUCGGUUAUAUGUAUAUAAAGAAUCAAGUUGGUGAGAAUGUUGUUCAAACGGCCAGGGAAGUAGUCGAGGAUAUCAAAAGCGCCUUCAGGAGCAUGCUGACGACGGCGACGUGGAUGGGGUCAGCACGCGAGGAGGCCCUAAGGAAAGUGGACAAUAUGCUGACGCUCGUGGGUUAUCCGGACCUGCUGAAGAAUGAAACCAGCUUGGAGAAAUACCACAACAAACUUCCGAAGAUGAACGAGCAGAGGCACUUCGAGAACAUGAUGGCACUCUCCCGUUGGCAUAGUUUGCGCUCCCUGGCACGGCUGAGAAAACCUGUUGUUAGGGAAGGCUGGGCUCGCGGACCCGUCGAGACGAACGCAUUUUACAGUACUCUCCAAAACAGUAUAAUUAUUCCCGUAGCGGUACUGCAACCGCCCAUUUUCCGGAGGGAGCCUCUGACGGCGCUUAACUACGGGGCUCUGGGCGUGGUGAUUGGCCACGAAAUCACGCACGGAUUUGAUAAUUCAGGCCGGGAGCGCGACCACGAGGGCAACCUGCACGAG